AUGACUACUACUACUACUACCACGACACAGCGAUCGACUCCGUUCUAUUUUGGUGGUGUGUCGUCAUGUGUUGCUGCAAUGGUGGUCCACCCCCUCGAUCUGACCAAGGUCCGCCUGCAAAACUUGAAGGGCAAUGGCAAGGUCAGCAUGUUAAAGACCAUGAUCAUGAUUGCACGGAAUGAGGGAUUCUUGCGACUGUAUGCUGGACUGUCAGCAAGUAUUUUGAGACAAGCGACUUAUUCGACUGCUCGAUUCGGUGCUUAUGAGAAGCUCAAGCAAGGUUUGCUGACAAAGGCAGAGAGCCCUACUGUAUGGCAAUUGCUGUUUUGUUCGAGUGCUGCUGGUGCUCUUGGUGGAGUGUGCGGAAAUCCGGCCGAUGUUCUCAAUGUACGUAUGCAAAACGACGGUCAAUUACCACCGCAUCAACGUCGAAACUACAAGAGCGCUUUGGAUGGAAUUAUUCGGAUGAGCAGGGAAGAAGGUGUAUCGUCGCUGUUUCGAGGAUUGGGCCCGAACGUCAACCGAGCGAUCCUCAUGACUUCGUCACAGUGCGUUUCCUACGAUAUCUUUAAAGACCUGUUGUUGCGACAUUCGCCUUUAGAAGAUGGACUGACGCUUCAUUUCACAUCAAGUGUGUUGGCGGGUCUUGUGGCAACGACAGUGUGUUCCCCCGUAGACGUAAUCAAGACUCGAAUUAUGGCAGCCAGUGGCAAGGAGCGGAAAAUAUCAUCGUUACAGGUUAUGGGACAAAUGUACAAGAUGGAAGGCAUGCGCGCAUUCUUUAAAGGCUGGACACCUGCGUUUAUCCGAUUGGGUCCACAAACCAUCAUCACCUUUGUUGUUCUCGAACAACUCAAGACAUGGCAUCAAGCAUUCAGCGAACGACAAGAGCUGGUCGUCAUGAAAAUCUAA